AUAAGGUUCGUCGUGUGAGCACGGACUAACAUCGCCUCCCCCGCCCCCAGCGUAUGCAAACAGACCCCCCAGCUGGUGUAUCUGCGUCGCCCGUCGCCGACAAUGUUAUGCAAUGGUAUGUCUCCCCUCGAGAAGGAUCUGGUGGAAUACAUGGGAACGGACGGGACGCUGAUACUGGACAUAGGAACGCCGUCAUUAUAGGCCCGGCCGACACGCCGUUCGAGGACGGCACCUUCAGACUCGUCAUGCAGUUCGAGGAGCAAUACCCCAACAAACCCCCGCUGGUCAAGUUCAUUAGCCAGAUGUUCCAUCCGAACGUGUAUGCGACGGGGGAGCUGUGCUUGGACAUCCUGCAGAACAGGUGGAGUCCUACAUACGAUGUUGCCGCUGUGCUUACCAGCAUUCAAAGUCUACUCAACGACCCGAAUACCGGCUCGCCCGCAAACGUCGAGGCGUCGAACCUCUACAAAGACAACAGGAGGGAGUACACCAAGCGCGUGCGGGAGACGGUGGAGAAGAGCUGGGAGGAUUGACGAAACCGGGGAACGGGGGUGUAUGAAUGGCAUUCGGCGGUGGCGUAUACAACGGAAAGCUGCAUUUCGAGACAUGAUUCUCCGGUUAUGGCGCACGUUUGGGAAUAAAGACAUACCUUUGCGAGCGGUUGUUGUUUCCUUUUCUAGAGUUAUUUUCACAAUAACAUGGUCUGAACGUUUUUAGUUUUGGGGGUUUCGUGGCGAUAAUGCACAUUUGAUGAUAUUGCAGUGUCCCUUUUCUUCAGGUGUCUCUGGGCGCGUUGAAUUCGUUCGAAUGUGAUUUGGACUUGAUCUAGUGAAUAUAUAAACUGACAGAAUCAGCCUGGAACUUUCGGUAGAGGGGUUUAUAGCCAUAGACUAAAGAUCUCGUGCCUUACACUAGGGGUGAAGGAUAAACUAUUCAAUAUCAGUAUAAAUG